GAGAAUUCAAGAAUUAAAUGUUCGAUUGCCAUUGAAAAUCGGUGAAGAUAAUAGUCGAAUUCUUAUCAAUCGUCUCAAUUUAGUACUCGAAGCUCAUCAUGCUGUACUUAUUACAGGUAGUAGUGGAUCUGGAAAAUCGACAUUUCUACGAACUCUUGCUGGAAUAUGGCCAUAUGGAUCUGGGACAAUCACUUUUCCUAUUGGUGAUACAGUAGCCUUUCUUCCUCAAAAACCAUAUUGUCCAGUUGGUUCACUACGCCAUUGUUUGACUUAUCCAUCAACAUUGUCCUCAUCGGAUGAUGAUAUGAAGAUUGAACAUCUUUUAAAUCUAUGUCAAAUGAAUAGUUGGUGUGAUCGCCUUGACGAAAUUCAAGAUUGGUCACAAGUUCUUUCACUAGGUGAACAACAAAAGAUGGCAUUUAUUCGAAUCCUUUAUCAUAGACCACAAUGGUUGUUUUUGGAUGAGGCCACAUCAUCGUUGGAUGAACAAGCGGAAACAGAUCUUUAUUCUAUCUUAAUCCAACAAUUAAUGAAUUAUUCAACUAUUAUCAGUGUAGGACAUCGAAAUAGUCUAAAACAAUUUCAUCAAAUUGAAUUGGCAUUGGAUAAUGGACAUAUAACAAUACUAUCUUUAUGA